GUUGUGCACCAGCACCAACGCGACUAUUCUCUAACUAAAAGUGACAGCAGACACAGCAAGAGCUAGCACGGUUGUAUAUAUUCUUUCGCUAUUCAACUGCCGAACUUUGCUGGCAACAUGAGAUCUAAAAUUCAACUCUGCGCUUCUUCUUGUUUGUCCAGUGCUGACAAUAGCAAAUCUUUGAUUGGCGCAUUUGUGGCACGACAGAAUAAACCGAGGAAAAUCCUUUUCUGCGUCUGCUUAUUCAUCUGCCUCAGUUACGUAAUGCUGGUCGUCGUCAACAGACGGGCAUUAGAACAAUUAACAUUCGCUAUCCAACACCUAGCGUUGACGAGAUUUGAAAAUGGGACCGCAGGUGAACGUAAUGUGAUGACCGGCGAACGGCGGUACGGGUUGGUGGAAAGAUAUGAGCAGGAAAAAAUGGAAGAUGAGGCUUACCCUCCAUUCAAACGAAUUCUAUUCUGGAAUGCCUAUUGGGAAGUCCAUGAUUUCCGGCUGGGACUCGGCCGCGACGCCUUCCGCAAAUGGGGCUGUCCCGUUUGGCAGUGCGAAACGUCGACCGAUCGAACGGACGUCCACGACUAUGACGCCGUCAUCUUCCACAUGCGAGGCAGUUGGGAUCCAAAUGACUUGCCCUUACGACGAUCACCUCAGCAGCGCUACGUUUUCUGGAAUUUAGAAUCCGCAGAAUGGCGAGAAUAUUUGGACACGAGUCAAUUAGGCAACUUUUUCAACUGGACCUUGACUUAUCGAUGGGAUUCGGACAUGGUGAUGCCGUACGGUUAUGUGAGACCCACCGGGAAGGUGCCCCUUCAUCCGAGUGAGGACCAACUGAAGCAAUUAAUGUCCAAUCAAAAAGUGAAUUAUGCGGCUGGGAAGACGAAAAUGGCGGCCUGGAUGGUUUCCAACUGCAUUUAUUCACAUAGCAGUAGACAUGAAAUGGUCAAAAUUCUUCAGAAAUACAUUCAAGUUGAUGUUUACGGUGGUUGCGGAACUCUCGAGUGUCCAAAGGAGGUGGGCGUUGACAACUCGAGCGAAGAGUGUCGAGAGAUGGUCGGCCAAAAUUACAAAUUCUACAUGGCCCUGGAGAAUUCACUGUGUCGUGACUACAUCAGUGAAAAGUUUUUCGGGAUGCUCCAACGUCCGGUGAUCCCGGUCGUUUUCGGCCUUCACGAUCACUACGAACAGAUGGCGCCACCGCAUUCCUACAUUAACGCGGCAAAAUUUGAAAAUAUGAGGCAACUGGCCGAUUACCUGAUCCUCCUCGACAAAAACGACACGCUGUACAACGAGUACUUUUGGUGGAAGCCUCACUUUGAAUCCAGGUACAAGCAAAAGGACGUCAACAUUGGCAUGUGUCACCUGUGCGCUUCUCUCCACAACAAGGACAUGCCACCGAAAACUUAUCCGAACAUGACUGACUGGUGGGAAAAUCAAUCGUACUGUGUAGCCUCACCUCCAAUUUCAUGACAUGAUAAUUCCACUUCCUGCCUGUUGCAAGAUGACUAAAUAAAAUCAAGUAGGGAUUGAAA